AUGUGUGUGGAGGGAUGGGAUGUGGGUGUGAUGUGGGUGUAGGGAUGGGAUGUGGGUGUGAUGUUGGGGGGGUUGUAAUGUUCUGUCAAGUUGUUCAGGAAUUCAUCUUUGUUUUGAAUCGCAUUUUAGGUUGAAAUAAUUACAAGUGUGCAAGAAUUAGCCAUUGGCACCAAAACUGGGAAAGAGCAAACUCCCCAAAAUAAGUCACCACUGAGAUUUGUAUUACUUGAUUGUCAUCCGUAACUAGAAAGCACUUCACGGUUCUAAGUUCAGAAAUCCUAAAAGAAACGGCUUAAACAAUUGGAGGUUUUUCACAGUGUCUUCCUCGUCUUGUUUAUUAACAGUGUGCUCAUGUGGAAUUGAACUGUUGUAAUUAUAGAAGUGGUGUCCAUCUUCACUGCUGACAUUUCCACCUGCCCGCAUGGGGAGAUGCACCCUCUCUGGAGUGCUGUCAGCUGGCCAGUGACCUGUCAAUGAGUCCCGCUGAUAUUUCAGUUGAUUGCCUUGAAAUGAUGCUCGGGAUGGAGCUCUGUCUCUUGCGGCUUGACUGUGCGUCACAAGGACACGGUGCAGGGUGUUUGGGAUAUAAGGGGACUCGGGUGCUGGAGUCAGUGCUUCUGGGGACCCAAGAACACAGAGAACCGCUCUGCACCCGACUGCGUACUCAAGGUCCUCUGCUCCACACCUUCACCCUCCCUGUCUCCUCUCAGAUCUCCGUCUCUGACACCAGGCUGCAGUCCUCUCCUUAGACCACGCGUGUCCAAAACUGGCCCUUCCACUCCUGGCCUUUGUUUCAGCCCUGUUCUAAAUUGUUUAAGUGAACCAAUUACCCUCCAUCCAGACCCCGAGGUAGUUAAUGAUCUCAUUGUACCUGUUGAACCUGGAGUGGAACUGCACUCUGCGCCCGUGAUUAGACACCCCUGCCUCAGACGAUGUAUCUCUCCAAUUCCUCCUCCUCCUCCUCCCCGGGAGCUGAUCUGUGGCACAACUGCAGCUCCCUGCAGGACCUCACCCUGCCCCAGAUGAUGGGCAACAACUGCCCCUCCAUCGACGGCUUUGCCACCUUGCUCUUCCCCGCCCUGUACUUCCUCUUCUUCCCUCUGGGGGUGCUGACCAAUCUGCUGAACGUGUGGGUGUGUGUGCGGCGCGGCGCCCAGCCCUGGAGCAUCUCCACCAUCGGGGUGCUGAGCCUGGCCCUCUCUGACCUGGCCUUCCUGCUGUGCAUGCCCCUCUGGGGGGUCUACCUGCUGGAGGGUUACCGCUGGACCAUGGGCCGCCCGCUGUGCCUGGUCAUGAACGUCCUGUAUUACACGGGCCUCACCUCCAGCACCAUGUUCAUCUGCGCCAUCAGCUCCGACCGCUUCCUGGCCAUUGUGUUCCCGCUGCGCAGCCGGCAGGUCCGCACCCUGAGGAACGCAGCGCUGGUGUCCCUGAUGAUCUGGAGCCUCACUGGCGUCCUCGUCUACCUGAGCUUCCCCAACUUCCUCUACUGGGAGCGUCCGGACGGGGGGCAGUACUGCGGGGUGCUCCUGCUGGCCCAGGUCUCUCCCUCCCAGGCCCCCUACAACCUGCUCUCCUACUACUCCGUGCAAGUGGCCAUCCCGCUGGCCAUCGUCCUGCCCUGCUACGUGACCAUCGUGGAGAGGAUGCUGCGGUCCCGCAGGCGCUGGAGGGCAGCCGGCCAGGGUGGGCCAGCCAGGGCCCGGGACAAGACGGUGCGGCUCAUCACCUUGAUCAUCACCAACUUCCUGGUGUGCUGGGUGCCGGGGCAACUGCUGCAGGUGGUGGCCUGCGUCCUCUUCCUGACGCUGGAGACCUGUGAGAACGAAUGCUCGCUGAACAGGGUCGCCAUGCUGCUGCUGGAGGUCUCCCAGGUGCUCUCCGUGCUCAACUCGUGCCUCGAACCGCUCAUCUUCCAGCUGCAGCAGGGGCUGUGGCAGAAGCUCCGGGCCCAGGGAGGCAGGGCUGUGGCCAGGCUGCGGAGCUGGAGGAGCGGCAGGGGGCAGAGCGGAGGACCACCGCCCCCUCCUGUGGAGCUCAUCAGCGUGAUCCACUCCUCCAAACACUGUCGCCGCUGCCCUGGAUCAGCUCCACCCGCGUCUGUGCUAUAUCAGGGUGACCAGAUUUCUAAAGCUCAGGACCGGGACACAGACUCAAAAUAGUUUUAAAGCUGUACCAUGUUUUUGCUGCUUGCUUGUAUCUAGUGCUUUUUUUUCAAUAUUGCUGUUUAUUUUCACAUUAAACUUACAAAGCAUGCGCAGCCUCUGCCUGCCACCCAACCACUGCACCGUCCCUCUCACAUUCAGGGCAGUGUUUGAUGGGAUAUUUGAUGGGAGGGGGGCGGUCCCCCAAUACUAUAGCAUGGAAGCGUGACGUGGCAGCUGUAGGUGUUGUUUUUCACCAAUCCUGUAAUCAUGCCAAGUAUGCAGGGGAGCAGUGUGCUAUAAGCAGAAUUAGGGGGGAUGUGAUUGAAGUCAAAUCAUAAAAGGAAUUUUGAUUAGGUUAACCCCGUAACCAAUCCUUUAAGUGCAGCACAGAACCCAGGACCACAGGACACAGCUGGAAGUGGAGACAGAUUUAGGACAGAGGGUGUUAAGGGUAUGGAAUGAGUCAUCUAGACAUGUUGUCAAUGCUGAAACAAGGUUCUGAGAUCAUCCGGUUACUAUAGGAACCGGACGAGCAUUGAUGGGCUGAAUGGCCUCCUCGGGUUUGUUAGUUAAGUUGUUAUGUAAAGGAGCAGAGCUGCCCAGCCUGUAUUUCCAGGGACUGGGCUGAGAGGGCACGCUGAUGCACUGUGCCUCACUCUGGGGAGAGAGAUAGAGAGGCAGAGCGGUGCAGGGAUAUCGGACUGAGCCCUGGAGAAUACAACGCUGACAUUUCUUAAUAAGCUAUAUGCUUUGAUUACACAGGGAUAAUUAAAAGGCAGGAAACUAAUUAACGCAUUAAGCCAAGCUGACGUGUCUCCGGCUGGCAGGUGAAAUGUGGCGGAUGAAUUGAAAAUAAUAGCGUGUGAAGAGGCAGGGGGACGAGGAGAGCUGCGCUCAGUAAGGGAGGGGGGCAGAGUCUGGCAGCCCAGGGUAUUAUUCAAAGGCAGAAUGAGAACAUGUUAAUUGUCAUGUCUGAUUCGUGCACGAUGAGGUCCGGCACAAUGGGCAUGUUUUCCUUUGAUUUUCUGUGGCGGCCUGGCUCACCGGAGAGGUGUUUAAUCAAUAUUAGCAAGGUUUCGGAUUUCAGGGGCUUACCCGGUUAUUUAGAACAACGCCAUUCCUCACCCCAAAGCGCUGUCGAGAAAUUCCAGUUCUGAAAAAGAAUUAGUUCCAGGCUCAUUUACAAACAAAUACCUGUAAAAAGGAUACGUCCUAGUGGCCGGUGAAUUCAUGUUACUGUACUAACACAGGACCCGCACUUGCCUCUCGAUUGCAGACCCUGCUCGCUAGUUGAAUGGUUUGUGGUUCACGCCCAGCCUUUCCAUUCAAUGCAAUAGACUGGGGUGCCAGUUCAUUUCGUUCAAAUGUUUAUUUGUUUAUGUGUUUAUGUAUCUACGUGUGUAUCUAAUCAGUGCUGCUCAAGCAGUUGAUUUCACACAGCAGGGUAGCUCACCAGCAUGUCAGCGCGCAGCAUGCAUGUCCAACAGCUCUUGCUAGAAGAUAGACAGGAAAGAUAUGAUUCGUCAGCACAAGAUGAGAAUUGAAGUUUUAAAACACUUCACGGUAAUAAAAUAAUGAUGUAUGUGUUAAUAUAUGAACUUAAACCUUUGGAAACACGAUCCUGUGUGUUUGCUCAUUCUAAAGAAAAAUUGUACGGAUGCAAUGUAUUACAUCAGUUAAUAAAAAGCAUUGCAAUGCACGCUGUGUGUGUGUGUGUGUGCUGUGUCGAGUGCAGUUCCGCUCUUAUCCACACAGGGUCGCCCUGUUCCACAGAAUGGCGGUGGGAAACAGUCUUUAUUUGUUAGCUGUACAUUUACAUCAAACCCUUGUCUGCAACGCCAGCAUUGGGAUUGCCUCCCAGUCAUAACGUUUUAUUAACGGUGCUGAACACGCACGAACUAGUUUAAUGAAAAGGUACGAUUUCAACCUGAUUCUUCAGAUUCGAACAUGUUUUACAAGCAUGCUUUGAACUUAAUUAA